GGGAAAAGACGAGUCCAGCAGUUCUUCUGCACUGUAUACAAGGAAAUGUCUCGUUGCGUGUUCAAAUUUAAAUUAAAGUAGAGUCUCAGUUAAAUUUUCCCGCUGGAUCAGCCACAGAAGCACAGAUCGCAGUAGUUCGGUGGUCACUCACGGUCGCGGACGUCGCGGAAGCUCUUCGGAGUGCAGGUAGAACAUUAAUGUGAGGAAACUAAAGGAAACAUGGCAAAAGUCCAGAGUUCAAGGGCUAAGAUCUAUCAGAAGAAAUCCUCAUUAGCUGAUGAACCAACAGAACGUGUUGAAUCAGAAGGAGAACGACUCAUAAAGCACCUUGUGCGGAAGCAGAUAGAUACCCAUAUUAGUCUGUCAGAUCAACUGAAGCAGAAUAAGCAAUUUCACAAAUCAGCAGAAUAUGUUCCAUUGACCAAAUACACCUCAGGACAGAUUUCCCUACAAGAAUUCGAAAAUUGUACAAAACGAGCCAACCGUAUUGAAAAUCUUAAGUCAUUUGGUCUCACUGAAGAUGAAGUGGAAAUGAUACUUGAUUAUGGAAAGGGGAAAGAAUUUUUUUCUGAGAAAUACAAGAGGCUGGAGAGUUCUGUUUUGAAUUCUCGACUUGAACAGAUCUUCUCAAAAAUUAAGUCUGGUGAAGAAGAACAGAAGCAGGAUAAUUACAAACAAAGUGGCUCAAGCAUAAGCCGACAUGAGCAGGAACUUGGUCUGUCAGUAAAACCAAAUAGUGAACACACUAGACUCCUACAGUUUGCUUUAUCAUGUCAACCAUCUGGAAGCAACAAAGACAUAAGACCACUGGAUCACCCUAUCAACAACCUCAAAGAUAUUGAACAACAGCUGUUUGGUCACCUUGCCAAGAAGAAUCGACAAAAACGAAAGUCAAAGGAACAUCAAAGUGCUUCAGCCUCAAAAUGUACAUCUAAGCAAUCCACAUCCACAAAGCUGUUAUCAUAUGGUGAAAGACGUUUGUGGGAUUUAAAGGACAUGCCUAGUACAAAACGACCUUCCAAAGCAACAACCAAACCAUCUCAAGUAUACUCUUGUAAACCUGAAACUUUGUACACCAUCAAAGAGAAAAAAAUUGUGCCAGUUAGUCAUGUUUCUCCACUUCCAGUCUCUAUCAGAAGUGCCUCCCAUAGUAGCAGUGGCUGUAAUGGACAGCCAUUUGUUGUCUCAGACAUGGAAGAUUCUGAAAUUGAGACGCUUUGUAGAGAAGAUAUUCAGAGGAACAAAUUGAGUAUUGAAGAUAUUAAAUUGCUUCCCAAAUUUCAGAAUUAUGAUAAAGGAUCUGCAUCUGAGGUUCUGUUUGUGAAGAAUCUGUCCAAUAGGGUCAAGGAGGCCGACUUGGUGUCUGUAUUCGGACAUAUGGAUGAUCGAGGUCAACGGAGAAUAAUUUACAGACUUAUGACCGGUCGAAUGAAGGGGCAAGCUUUCAUUACUUUUCCAAGUGUUGAGAAAGCUACAGAAGCAUUAGAAUUGAUCAAUGGAUACAUCUUGAGGAAGAAGCCUAUGAUAAUACAGUAUGGUCAUUCUUUGUCUACAAAGAGCAAAAUAAAGGCUGAUUUGCAGAGUUAAACAGUGUUGUUAAUGCUGUGUUAAAGGACUGGAUAUCACACUUGCAGAUUAAAUCAUUUAAUUCUGAAAUUGAAUAUGUAUGCAUUAAAAUAGAACACCUAACUGUCUGGUAGAAGUUCUCUGACAUUUCAGAGGAAUGUACCACCCCCAGUCUUAAGGGUCAAAAUGUAAGCCAAACAAGCAGGAUGGUAUUCUUGCCGAUUGAUUUCUUAUCUUACUCUUUGAGCAAGAAGAUAGAUAUAAUACAUUCCUCCAAAACAUUAGCAAACUUGUACCAGACAACAUGGUGACACAUCCCAGGAGACAGCACUCACUAUAUGAUUUAUAUUGGUAAAUUUUCUUUUCAGAAAUUAACUUUCUGGGGAAUAUUGCCAGUAACACAACUUAACUCUUAAUUUUCUGAUUCCCAGAUAUAUUCUUGUACCUUGCCAGAAUACUGUAACUGGAAUAAAAUUGCCUCCUGCACCAAAUAGAGUCAUACAGAUCCAUGCUGAAGACUUAACUCUUCAUAUUGUGACAUAAGGCCUGAUAGCGGCAAUCUACCCGUCUGUUGAAUGGGGCUUCACUGAGCACCUUCCCAUGGCAACGUGGAAGGCACUGCUGCUGGAUGGCAAAUUGUUGUAACACGUUUCCACAGCAACGAAUACGACUGAAUAAGGAAUGCAUUCACAUCGAUCCCUAGGCAACAAACCGUCCAAAGCACAGUAACGGGAGAACAAAAUAAAUGUACUGUUAAAGGAGGUGGCUUUGACAUGGUUUGCGAAAGUUUGUAACAGGAGAGUUUGCGAGACAAAUUCAUUCAUUAUAGGAGUCAUUCAUUACUGGAUUCAUUAGUUACGAAAUUACUUAAUUAUGGAGGACAAGAGAGCACUAGAGGCUGGACACCCAUGAUCCAGUCAACAGUGAGAGAUUUGUUAUCCAGAAGGAGUUAAAUGUGUGAACUGUUGUAAUCAAAUGUAAUUGUAAUAAUGUCAUCCAGUAAAUCCAAUCAGUUGAUUCUAGAACUCACAAUAUUAGUCACACAUACCCCCUACACGGGGCAGUAAUUAAACUGUAUUACUUUUCCUCAUGUUUAAAGUUUGGUGUUUGGUGAUGAUUGUAACUGUGUGUUUUUCAGAAUGAAAGGAUUCUAUGUCAUGUUCAUUCUUCAUCUGCCUAAUUUGAAAUUGUUGUGACUGUGCAAAUUAAGUUCUGUUCCAUUCAAACUACAUAUGGAGUAUGAUAUAAAGAAGGACAAAAUGUUUGUAUGACAAGUAGAAAACCUGCUUUGUAAUGAGCCAAAGAUUGUAAGAAAGGACAACUCACUCUCCUAAUAACACUAAACCACCUAAACUGUAUCAGUUCAUUUGUAUGCUGACACAGUGCGGUUAUGGACUGCAGAGUAAAAAUCAAUGUUGCCAACUAAAUAGCGUAGUAAUUAAAUUCGCUUAAUGGGGGGUGGAGUCCAAGUGGAUCCACUCGGCAUAGUGGCCACUGAUUGGACUAUUGU